AUGCAGCAGGCCUCAGAGACGCAGCCCGCAGACAUCAGGAGAGAAACACUGAGCCUGAAGCAGCUGCUCCUGAGAGAGACUGAGGGGUCUGUGUGGCUCCGUCUUCCAGACACAGUGGGGGACAGAGAGAAGAGAAACCGGGGCGUGGCGCUGUGUGACAGGUCCCAGCUCAGCGCGAGCGCCCGGAGACGCAGACAGGGAGGAGUGCGGCGCUGCAGGUCCCGAGCCAGCACGAGACGAGAACAGCGCGUCCGUGGCGAGGCGCGCAGGAGGGCGGCGGUGUCGGUAUCGCGCCUCCGCUGCCGGUUCUGGGGCGUCGUUGCCAAUCCGCGGAAUCGCCCCUGUCCCAGCCCGGGCUCAGACCGCGGGCCCCCGCACCUCGUCCAAGGGCCGCACGGAGCCAUGUCGCAGUACACCCGGUUCCCGGACCCGGCCGACGACACCAACCCGUUCCAGCUCACGCGCACCUGUCUGCCUCUCUGUGUGACUGACAAUGGCUCCUACAGCACACAGCAGGCGCCGCCCCCGGUGGCGGCCGCGGCCACAGCCGAGCUGCUGAGGAAGCAGGAGGAGCUGGAGCGCCGGGCCGCGGAGCUGGAGAGGAGAGAGCGAGCCCUGGACAGCGCCGGGCUGGGCGGCGCCGCCACCCGACAGAACAACUGGCCCCCGCUGCCCUCGUUCUGUCCCGUCCAGCCCUGCUUCUACCAGGACAUCGCCGUGGAGAUCAGCCAGAACUUCCAGCGGACCGUCACCGCCAUGUACUACUUCUGGAUAGUGUCCGCCGGCGCUCUCCAGCUGAACUUCCUGGCCUGCCUGGCUCACUUCUGCAUCGACACGGCGGUCGGCGUGGACCUGGGCAUGUCCAUCCUGUGGCUGUUGCUCUUCACCCCCUGCUCCUUCCUCUGCUGGUACAGGCCCUUGUACAAAGCCUUCAGGAGUGACAGUUCCUUCAAUUUCUUCCUCUUCUUCUUCAUCUUCUUCACCCAGAUUGUUGUAUACAUCCUCAUGGCCAUCGGUAUCCCUAACUGGGGCUUCAGCGGGUGGAUCGUGGCCCUGUCGUCGGUGAAGAAGAAUGUGGGUGCUGGUGUGAUCAUGCUGCUGGCUGCUAUGGUCUUCACUGGCCAGCAGCGAUCCCGGGGGUUUCCUGCGUGUGCGUGGUCGGGAGUCCCCGUGUGUUCACUGCCCACGCCGGGGCUGAUCCUCGGCCGGGACCCCGCUGGACAAGGUGACCUCUGA